CUUCAUAUAGGUAAUUUGUUCACUAAUUCUUUUAAAUCCAUUGACCGUGGUCGCUCACUUAUCUAGAACUUGACGGGCCACAAUGGCUCCGUUUUUAUCUCGCGUUGGCCGAUCUAUGAGGGGCAUAUUGCUCCCCACAGCAGCUGUCAUUGGCUUCUCAUGCCUCCUGACAUAUUUCUUCGUAUUAUACCAGCCCACCGUCGGACCUGGGAUUGCCCAGCGUCUAGGCUGGCAAGCUUGGGAUGCCGUUGCCACCGUCGACUACUUCGAUAAGGAACCUUCUACACCAGUAGUCACUGGUGAUCCAGAGGGGGCCCAACCAAUUCCGGGCAACGAUGACGAGACAGACUGGUGGGAAAUCGCAUCCAAUCAGCCCUGGGAUGCUACCGAUGAUAUAGAGAGUUACCCCCUUGACGUAUGGGCUCCGCUGUUACCUCACGAUACCGGUCUGUCUGAAAUUGCCAUCACGCGUUGUAUGAUGCCACCGAGUCUUGUCGGGGACCUCUGCACACCCACCACAACCGUCGAGCAGGAUGCCAUCAAGGGUAACUGGGUUCGAGUGGACCGGGAUCUUAACAAGCAAGCUGGACUCUGGACUCUGAACAUCUACUACAGGCGGACGCGCCGUCUUGAUAUACCUCUCAUUACCGACUUGCGCCUGCUUCCUGCCAAUGAAAUCCCCGAACCUCUCACAGAUCCCUGGGUAAAAGUAGAACAUUCCAUACGUGAUGGAAUUAUGCGUGCGGAACCAUUGUACCUCUGGUACCUCCCGGGUAAAACGAUGAAUGAAAUGAAUACGGAAGAGAAAGCCAAUCUCAUUACCGAGGUCGACGUACUCUUCGGGGAGGACAGACCUUGGUACGGAUUUGAGAAACUAGAGCCUCCCGUAACUCCGGAGAAGGAGGGGCGACUAGAGAGCGUGUAUGUGAUGUACCGGCGCGGCGUGCAGCCGGUCCCUCGCGCACAUCCUUUACACUUCUCGCGGGACGGAAAAUUCAAGGUUUUGCAAGUCGCAGACCUGCAUUUCUCUGUGUCCAGGGGCGUUUGUCGGGAAACUGACCUUGAUCCCUGCGUCAACUCCGAUAAUCUCACCAAUACACUUCUCGGACACGUUCUGGACGAAGAAAAGCCAGACCUUAUUGUCUUCUCCGGUGACCAGCUUAAUGGGCAAGGAACGUCUUGGGAUCCCAAAUCUGUUCUAGCAAAGUUUGCGGUGGCAGCUACAGAUCGAAAGAUACCUUGGGCAGCUAUCUUCGGCAAUCAUGACGAGGAGAACGGCGAUGUGAAGCAGGAGCAAUUGCGUAUGAUGGAGGCCCUUCCGUAUUCCAUGGUGCAGAGGGGUCCGAAAGAUAUUCACGGUGUUGGAAAUUACGUUCUCAACGUCAAGAGUGCCGAUGCCUCCAUGACAUCACUAUUGACACUGUACUUCCUGGACUCUGGAUCCUACGCGAGCGGUUACUUGGACUGGCUCGGGUACUUCUUCCCAACAGAGUACGACUGGAUACACGAGGACCAAAUUAACUGGUUUUUGCAAGAAUCUUCCAAGAUCCAACCCAUAGAGCGUCCGUUCACUCCGGAUACCAGCAAGGACUUUGGUUCCAUAUGGACCAGACAGGCCGAUCAGAUCACGCCCACGACGCGCAAAUUAGCCAAGCCCAAUGCUAUUAUGUUCUUCCACAUUCCUUUGCAAGAGUCGUACGGUACAGCAGACAGGGACGUGCGUACUGGCCAACUGCUAGACAUCGGUGUGCACGAUCUGGAAGAAUCCGGUGCUGCGAAGAAGAGUGAUGGAAUGUUCGACAAGGGUUUAAAGACAGCACUGGAGAGUGGGCACGUUACGAGUGGAGGCAUACCCGAAGUGAAGGUGGUUGCAAAUGGACACUGCCACGUCACGGAGGACUGCAAACGUGUCAAUGAUAUAUGGCUAUGUUUUGGAGGUGGAGGGUCGUACUCUGGGUAUGGGCGGGUCGGGUUUGACCGGCGGUUCCGAAUAUACGAAGUCUCCGAUUAUGGAGAAACUAUCCGGACGUACAAACGCACAGAGAAAGACGAGAUCCUCAAUAGCUAUAUCCUAGCUGGACCAGGGGCACCAUUAUUCAACCCACGAUCGUAGAAUUAUUGGGCAAAGGGCAUGUACGAUGUAAGCUAUAAUUAGUGGCCUGGCCAUGUUCUCGUGUUCGCCACGGGUAUGUACAUUUGGUAUGAUCUUGUUCACAUUUAUAGCUCUUGGAUUCUAAAGAACUCAUACGGUGAUCGGGCGUAAGAAUCAGCGACUUUUAAGAUAACUUGUCUUGUUCUAUGUAACACCGCUCUACGCAAUGAAAUUUCUUUACAUAAAGUA